AUGCGUUGUACUAUAAAACUUGGGUUUGCCCGAUCGGAAACGAAAUCGGACCUAAUACUGUUCCUUGCAGUACACCUUUCCCCAAAUAAGCGCAUACAAGAAAUCUGUUGUAAGGCCCUUAAGGUUCUCGGUUUCAUCCUUCGCUCUUCUAAAUUUGUCAAUCUAGUCAUGAACCUCAAAAUCUUGUACUGCGCCCUAGUGAGACCCAUCGUUGAGUACGGCAGUGUGUUAUGGGGUCCAGAAACCACAGCAGCUAGUGUUGAGCGAGUUCAAAGAAGGUUUCUCCAUGCCGUUUCUUUUUGUCCGAUUAUUCCCUGUCCGAUACCCCACGACUACUCUCUUGUCUUAUGUGAGCUACAAUGA